AAUUAAUUAUUUUUGUUAAAAUUUUUUCGAUUCGGAAAACCACGAACACUGCAUUACUUCACUACGCGCCGCCGCUCAGGAAAACCUGCCAAAUACCGCAGCAUAAGUUGGCAAAGUAGUGCACCCAACCAAGGGGGAAAGCAACGGCCCAACAUCACACGAAACUCCUCUCUCUACUUCACCUUUCCCCCCUUAAAUCAUCUGAUUCCAACAAAAACUCCACCAUUCCUCCAAAUUUCUCAAAUUCCAAAACCAAAGGCUUCGCAUUUGUACCCAUUUCCGGCUCAACGAGGAUCAGCUACUUCAUGGAUCCUAGGGUUUCCUCAGAUUAGAGCUGGUUCUUGGUUCCACGAAGCAUAUUUCGAUUCUCGAAGCGACCAAUUUUCAGUGUCGUAUAUUCGUGCGCAACACUACAAGAAAAACCCUAUCUGGAUUUUAAUUUUUACCCAACUUAUAAAUAAACAGAAUACAAUCACGUGCCUGCCUUUUGUUUUCAUUCACCUUGGAAUCCUAUUAAAUUUUCUCUCCUGCUAGAUCCAAUGGCGAUUCUGGGUGACGCUUUGCGUCAAGCUUUCAUGCCUAAGCACGAGUACGAGAGCCUUCGCGAGGAAGACAAAGCAUGGGUUAAGCUUCAAAGGCCAGUGUUAAUGGGAAUUGUGGCUGUCAUUUGCUUGAUGAUUCUCAUAUGCGCUGUUGUGAGCUUGAAGAUUGUGUUUCCUGGUGACAGUGGGAAGAGGCCUUUUUGCAGUGACCGGAGACUCCAGCCUCUUCCUAUAAAUGUGAAGGGAGGUGAUUCCGAUCUGUUUCCUGGUGCGUUUUAUCUCACAGAUCAGGAGACCGUUGAUUAUUACUGGAUGGUUGUGUUUGUUCCCUCGAUGAUUAUUUUCUUGGCAUCAGUUACCUAUCUUGGAGCUGGGAUAACUGUUGCAUAUUCUGCUCCAGCAAGACAUGGAUGCUUAAAGGUGGUUGAAAAUAAUUACUGUGCUUCAAAAAGGGGUGGAGCACGUUGUCUGUCAAUUUUGAAUAUUGUCUUCGCUGUCAUCUUUGGUCUUCUUGCACUCUUUCUUGGUUCAAGCCUCCUGACACUAGGGAGUAGUUGUUCCUUACCUUUGUUUUGGUGCUAUGAGAUUGCCACAUGGGGACUAGUCAUUUUAUACGCGGGAACUGCCUUCUUUUUGAGAAGGAAAGCUGCUGUAAUUCUUGAUGAGAGUGAUUUUAGUGGCCAAAAUCUUGGUCUGGAAAUGUUGGAAGCAAACACUUUGGAAGUCACACCAGAGGUCGAAAGACGUGUUAAUGAAGGUUUCAAGGCAUGGAUGGGAUCAUCCCUUCUAUCAUCUGACGAUGAAGAUGAACCAGACAAUUACUUGGAAACGCCUUAUCCGAGCCGAACUACUUCUAGCAGGCAGAAGGUAUGAUAUUGAGAUCAAGCAACUCUGGUACGUAGACAGCCUCGGGUUUCGUAAGGGGCAAAGUCUACAAUGAAUGGAUCUCAAUUUUGGAUCAUCAAAAAGCCCAAUUUGUUACUGCUUUUGCUGAUGCUAUAUGUGAGAUGAACGACUGAUAUUAGGACUUGGAUGAUGUCCAUUUCACUGUAAUGCUUUGCUGCACUUCUUCCUUUAGGUAAUCAUCAUAGGGUGUAAAUAAUUUCACAACAAUAUCUUUUUGUGUUGUAACCCAAAGGCUCUGGAAAGAAAGCAUUUAUAACUCGAGUGAAUGAUAAUUGUCAGUAUGCUGCGCUUCUAACA